ACAAGGCUAUAAAUAGCUUCUCGGUCUUUCCUCGGGGCCGAGUUUACUGCGUCUCCAGUAUAUCCACCCCAAAGGCCUUGAAAGGGUGACUGGCAGAAUCGCUGGGACACGAACACUUUGAAGAUGAUGAUAAUCAAAUGCGGUUGAUCUAGACGGUCUGAAAGCGAUCAUAAGUCAACUGAACAACUCGUCAAGCUAUCGAAAGUCAACCUAAGAGAAGACGCGCCACCCGGAGACUUGCAACGCCUUCAGCAACAGCAGGUACCCUCCUUCGCGGUCAGCAUGUGAUUGUUUCGCCCAGAACUGCAGAAGAACAGUGAGAAAUGGAAGGAAAUCCGGACUCGCGUGGCUAUCAGAUGACCGGACGCCUCACAGAGGAAGCAGCUGAAUUACUGAGGAGGACUGAACAAGGGAGACAACCUACUGCCACAACUGCAAUACAGCACAACUACAGUGGUCCAGUGUCUCAGGUGGACUUGACCAAUGCUACCAAUGUCUCCAUCUCCGUCGGGGAAGAAGGAGCUAGAGGAUGUCUGUCACAAGAACGUUACUGCCAAAAGCUGGACUUGCUCAAGGAGUAUUUUGUGGACAUCCAUGCCCUCCAGACUGCCCAACAGCUCCUUGAGAAGCAUGGCCAUGUCAGCAUCUGUGGAGCUCCUGGAGAUGGGAAGACCAGCAUUGCUCUGAAGAUCUGUGAGGCAUAUCAACAAAAGGGAUAUGAAACAUUGUUUGUGGAAAACAUUGAACGUUUUGACGUUGAUACAAUUUCUAAACGGCAAUCACACAUGCUGGUUGUUUUUGAUGAUAUGUUUGGUUCUGUCACAUUCAGUUCAAAUUUGGAAAAACUACAUGAAUUGUUCAGUGCCUUGGUUGAUGAUCUUGCUAAAACUGCCGCUGAUACAGAGAGGGAUUCCAAGAAGAAGAAAGAUAAACAAUCAAAAGCUAAGGAACAAUCCAAUGAAGAAACCCCCAUCUACAGACUGAAGCUUGUUUUUACAUCCAGGACAUACAUCUGGAAGGAGGGGUGUUCAAGACUACAUCAGUACAAAGUGGAUCUACUUAAAACAGAAGCUGUGCUUGAUAUGACUAAAGACCAUCUCACGGUUGAAGAAAAGAAACGUAUGUUACGUUCCUUCAAGAGCAAACAUCCUAAAUGUGAUAUCUCUGAAAAGGAUAUUUGUAGCAUCACAGAUUCAAAAAAUAAUAUAUUUGGAUUCCCUCUUAUCAGCAGACUCUUUUUCACUCGUGAAGUCUUCCAGAUGCACAACGUAAAAUUCUUCAAUAAUCCUCUGACCUACCUGAGAGGUGACCUUGACGCUAUUGUCCGGGAAGAAAGCAAUAGAUCGGCAGCCAUCCUCCUCCUCAUCCUCUGUGAUGGAAACCUGAACCUUGUUUCUUUGCAGUCAGGAAAAUCUAGAAAUGUCAAGUUUGAUGCUGUGAAAAACAUAGUUCCUUGUUGUACAAGCAUCGGCGUUGCCAAGGAGAUCACAAACUUUACUGGGGUCUACUGUACAGUCGAGGAUCACAUCGCAUCUUUCUCUCACCCCUCCAUAUACGAUGCUGCAGCCUGUGCUGUAGGACAUCUCAAUAUCGUGUUGCUGCUGGAACACUGCUCCCUGAAAUUCCUGUAUGAAAGAGUGAGGCUGGGUAAGAGUAUACAGUCAUCAGACAUUGAUGAUGUCUCAAACAUGAUCUACAUCACCCCCCAACUACACCAAACAGUAGUGGACAGACUUGUGGAAGGUAUUCGACAAGGAUGCUUCAUUUGGACAGUGAAACAUCCAGCUCUCCGUGAUGAGAGGAUUGCCUCCCUACUAUGGACAGAGAUUAAUGAUAACAUUGUUGAAAUUGUUGAACAAAAGGAUAGGGACUCAGGUGAAUGCUUUUUGUAUUUAGCUUCCCUAUCUGAGAGUUACUUUCUAUUCUCAAAGUCAUUAGAAGUUGUUGGAAGACAGGGUGACACAUCAACUGAACUAUAUGACUGCGUGGUAGGCUGUGUUACUCACGGCAAACUGAAACACCUGGAACACCUCGUUACAGUCAUGAGUCUACAAGCAGGAUUCAAUGUUGAAUUUUCAAUACGCGGGAAAACCCUUCUGAUCAUGGCUGCCAAGUCAGGACAGUCAGAGGUGUUCAACUUCCUCAUCCAUAAGGGUGCUGAUAUUUCAGUGACGGACUGGACAGGAAACACCUGUUUACAUCAUGCCUGUGAAUCAAGAAGUAUGGCGUUGACCAGAAAGGUGGUUGAAAUGUGUCCUGUUUUACUAGAUUCCAUAUCUUUUGUGGGUUUCACACCUGCAAUGCUUUGUGCCAGAGCAGGUCACCUUUUGAUCCUGAAGUUCCUGAAACAAAAAGGAGCCGAUUUAACUCUUACCGACUGGAGCUUGUCAGAUUGUUUGCACUUGGCCAGUGAAAAUGGCAAUCUGUCAACUGUGAGAUUUUUGAUUUCGCUGAAAAUGUUUAAUGUGAACAAGAAGGAAACAUAUUUAAUGCAAACAUCAGCUAUGAAGGCAGCACAAGGUGGACACUAUGAUGUUUAUCAUCUCCUUGUGUCUGAGGGUGCAGAUCUGACACUUACUGAUGAAUACAAGAGAGACUGUCUGAUGUUGGCAUGUGAGAGAGGGAACAUAUCUAUAGUGAAACAUGUUUUGUCAAUGAAAACAUGUGAUAUCAACAGGCGGGGAGGAGAGUGGAAACAAACACCAGUUAUGAUGGCAUUGGAAGGAGAACACUAUGAUGUGUAUCAUCUCCUUGUGUCUGAGGGUGCAGAUCUGACACUUACUGCUCCAUACAACAGAGACUGUCUGAAUUUGGCAUUAUAUGGAGGGAACAUAAAUAUAGUGAAACAUGUCUUGUCAAUGAAAACAUGGGACAUCAACAGGCGGGGAGGAGAGUUGAAACAAACACCAAUUAUGAUGGCAUUGGAAGAAGGACACUAUGAUGUUUAUCAUCUCCUUGUGUCUGAGGGUGCAGAUCUGACACUUACUGAUUACCAAAACAGAGACUGUCUGAUGUUGGCAUGUACGAGAGGGAACAUGAAUAUAGUGAAACAUGUUUUGUCAAUGAAAACAUGUGACAUCAACAGGCGGCAACGAGGGUUGAAACAAACACCAAUUAUGAUGGCAUUGGAAGAAGGACACGAUGAUGUUUAUCAUCUCCUUGUGUCUGAGGGUGCAGAUCUGACACUUACUGAUUCCCAAAACAGAGACUGUCUGAUGUUGGCAUGUAAGAGAGGGAACAUGAAUAUAGUGAAACAUGUCUUGUCAAUGAAAACAUGGGACAUCAACAGGCAGGGAGGAGAGUUGAAACAAACACCAAUUAUGAUGGCAUUGGAAGGAGGACACUAUGAUGUUUAUCAUCUCCUUGUGUCUGAGGGUGCAGAUCUGACACUUACUGAUUACCAAAACAGAGACUGUCUGAUGUUGGCAUGUAAGAGAGGGAACAUGAAUAUAGUGAAACAUGUCUUGUCAAUGAAAACAUGGGACAUCAACAGGCAGGGAGGAAGGUUGAAACAAACAACAAUUAUGAUGGCAUUGGAAGAAGGACACUAUGAUGUUUAUCAUCUCCUUGUUUCUGAGGGUGCAGAUCUGACACUUACUGAUUUAUACGAGAGAGACUGUCUGAUGUUGGCAUGUGUGGGAGGAGACAUAUCUAUAGUGAAACAUGUUUUGUCAAUGAAAAUAUGGGACAUCAACAGGCGGGGAGGAGAGUGGAAACAAACACCAAUUAUGAUGGCACUGGAAGGAGGACACGAUGAUGUUUAUCAUCUCCUUGUGUCUGAGGGUGCAGAUCUGACCCUUACUGAUUACCACAACAGAGACUUUCUGAUGUUGGCAUGUAAGAGAGGGAACAUAAAUAUAGUGAAACAUGUCUUGUCAAUGAAAACAUGUGACAUCAACAGGCGGGGAGGAGGGUGGAAACAAACACCAGUUAUGAUGGCAUUGGAAGGAGGACACGAUGAUGUUUAUCAUCUCCUUGUGUCUGAGGGUGCAGAUCUGACCCUUACUGAUAAAUACAACACAGACUGCCUGAUGUUGGCAUGUGAUCAUGGGAACAUAAAUAUAGUGAAACAUGUUUUGUCAAUGAAAACAUGUGACAUCAACAAGCUGGGAGGAGAGUUGAAACAAACACCAAUUAUGAAGGCAUUUGAAGGAGGACACGAUGAUGUUUGUCAUCUCCUUGUAUCUGAGGGUGCAGAUCUGACCCUUACUGAUUACCACAACAGAGACUUUCUGAUGUUAGCAUGUGCGGGAGGAGAAAUAGAUAUAGUGAAACAUGUCUUGUCAAUGAAAACAUGUGACAUCAACAGGUGGGGAGGAUAUGUGAAACAAACACCAAUUAUGACGGCAAUCGAAGGAGGACACUAUGAUGUUUAUCAUCUCCUUGUAUCUGAGGGUGCAGAUCUGACACUUACUGAUGAAUACAACAGAGACUGUCUGAUGUUGGCUUGUGUGGGAGGAAACAUAUCUAUAGUGAAACAUGUCUUGUCAAUGAAAACAUUGGACAUCAACAGGCGGGGAGGAGAGUUGAAACAAACACCAAUUAUGAUGGCAUUGGCAGGAGGACACGAUGAUGUUUAUCAUCUCCUUGUGUCUGAGGGUGCAGAUCUGACACUUACUGAUGACGACAUCACAGACUAGUAUAUUGUUACCUGUAUUUAUGUAACUUGACACCAAACUCACGAGGGCUGCAUUCAGCUGGCACCUUCCUCCACUAGUGUCUGAGCAAGGUCUGUUCAUGUGAGUGGAGGAAAAGGCAGGACAACGGAACGAUGUUCCUGGUUGAUUCAUCGUUGAGAUUUCACACUGGCAUCGCAACAGAUUCCUUGCCACACCAUGACGAUCGGCCUCGAGAUCACAACCAACAUGCCUGCCAUUUCCCUCAUGGGUGGUGUGCUCUGAUAAUCCUAUCAUCGUUGGCAUCGACCUUUUUAUCACAACAGAACAGUCUUUGCCAGUUGCUGUUCUGCCACUAACAAAUUAUGUGUGUGUACCUGGGUGGUGGUGCUCACUCUGAAUGAGUUAUAGCCACAUAAGUACCACCCACUUAUAACCCCCUAGUAUUCAUUAUAUACAUAUAUACAUGUAUACUUAUUCAUCUAUUAUCACCAUCACUUCAUUCUGUGUUCAUUAUAUGUUGUCCUUGUCUGCAGUUGAAUGUCAGCCAACUAACAUCAACCCUGAUACCCUUUUGCAGCCUCUGUAAUUUCUCCAGCUUCACCUGGACUUCCCCCUAUCUAUUUUUAGAUAUGUCCACCACUUCAUAUGACUGUGAAGCAUCUUGACUUCCUUUAAUACCUGUCAGAUGCUACCUUUCUUCUGAUUGGUCAUUUGGUCCAGUUCUUUAAACUUCCUUUCUCACCCGCCUCUCUGCUCAGGUGAUAAUCUUGGCAUGAUUGUUACUUUGAGUAAAUUCUGAUGCAAACUGUCAGUGUUACAGUGCUUUUAUACCCUUUGGAGAUCAUUCUGCACGUGUAUUGCCUUUUGAUUAUUUAAAGUCAAUUCUUACAUAUUUGAGUUUU